AUGGCUGCCAGUGGGCGGCUUCGCAAACGCAACAAACAUAAAAGCCAUACGAAUGGUGCCGCCACAACAACAACAACAACAACAGCAGCGCUGCCAACAACAACAAGUAAAACUGUGCUUGGCACGGAAGCGCAGCCACGACCGUUGACAGAGAUUGAGAAUAUGGAUAUAGAUUUGGAUGUGGAUUAUAAUAAUUUCACGCAUAAUUUCGUCGAAUUGCAGAAUUUGUUGAACUUCAACGACUUCAGUAUUGGCAGUCUGAAUAGUAGUGUCAGCAGCAGCAGCAACAACAACAACAACAAUGCUGUUGUCUCGUCAAGUGACAUUAAAUUGAGUAACGGCGCCAUUAUGGACACUCUUUUGGGCAACGUCUUGACAACGGCUACGGCGACUGUGGCACCCGCCGUCACUUCACUCACAGCAUCCUUGUCUUCGGCCGCAGUGGCGGCGGCGGCGGCAGCAACAACAACCGCUGCAAAUGCUGGCGCCUUCGUGCAGGAUCAAGCGAUACUUAUUGAUGCCACCUCAUCCACCUUUUUUUCGAAUCUGUUGCUGGACAUGUCGCCGGCAACGACCAGCAUGAUAUCGGUUGCGACAGCCACCAAGUCCUAUAACGAUAGUGCCGCUUAUUGGGAACAGCUGGAGACACAGGACUAUGGCUAUGGCAUGGGCUCGCUCUAUCGCCACUCACUGACCAUGUCCAUUGUCUAUAGCAUUGCGUACGUCAUUGUGUUCCUGGUGGGCCUGAUUGGCAACAGUUUCGUAAUUGCCGUCGUCCUCCGUGCUCCUCGCAUGCGCACCGUCACCAACUAUUUCAUUGUUAAUCUGGCCAUUGCCGACAUCCUGGUGAUUGUCUUUUGUCUACCCGCAACCCUGAUUGGCAACAUUUUCGUGCCCUGGAUGCUCGGCUGGCUGAUGUGCAAAUGCGUACCCUAUAUACAGGGUGUCUCGGUCGCGGCAUCCGUUUACAGUCUAAUUGCCGUCUCACUCGACAGGUUCAUUGCCAUCUGGUGGCCACUGAAGCAGAUGACAAAGCGACGUGCUCGCUUCAUGAUACUCGGCAUUUGGGUAAUCGCCCUGACCACCACCAUACCGGAAUUGUUGUUCUUUACGCUGGUGCCAGCGGAGGAGGUGCUGCCGGAAGCAUUGCUCUCACUGUACUCGCGCUCCUUGUACUUGUGCCAGGCUGUGUGGCCUCCGGGCGCCGACGGCAAUCUGUACUUCUUGCUGGCCCAUUUGGUUGCCUGCUAUUUGCUACCUUUGUCCUUGAUUACGCUCUGCUAUGUGCUUAUCUGGAUAAAGGUGUCGACGCGUUCCAUUCCGGGUGACUCGAAGGACGCGCAAAUGGAUCGAAUGCAGCAGAAAUCCAAGGUUAAGGUCAUCAAGAUGCUGGUGGCGGUAGUCAUUCUGUUUGUGCUCUCCUGGCUGCCCCUCUACGUCAUCUUUGCUCGCAUUAAAUUCGGCACGGAUAUAUCAACGGAGGAGUUCGCCAUUAUUGAGAAAUUGACGCCGGUGGCUCAAUGGUUGGGCUCUUCAAAUUCAUGCAUCAAUCCCAUUCUCUACGCGGCUUUCAACAAAAAGUAUCGCCUGGGCUUUGGAGCUAUUAUAAAAUCGCGCAGCUGCUGCGGACGCUUAAGAUACUACGACAACGUGGCCAUUGCCUCGUCCACCACGAGCACACGCAAGUCCUCGCACUACCAUCACAAUAGUUCGCGCAAGAGUCCCAGCAGUCCUGGCCUGCGUAAGACCAACGCUGUCUCCUACAUCUAUGAGCACAACUCCAUGCGGCGCCCCAAUCUGAUGAUGAAGCAGGAUAGCAGUCUGUCGCAACAAAUGCUGUUGAAGCAGGACUCGCACGGCUCGCGCCAGUUCCUUAUCAAGCAGGAGAGCGCUUCCAGCGAAGGCUCCCGACGUCCGCUCUGCCAGCAGGAUAGUAAUGGUUCGAAGAUCUCGCUCUCCAAACAGGACUCUAUUGUGUCGUACAUGGAGGCGAAACGUGCCGCUGGCCAUGCUCUUACAACCCAGGACUCUGUGGCCACGCAGCAGGACAGCAUUUCGAUUGAUUCGCGACGAGGCUGCAUGCUAGGUUCGCCGGCUCCCAUUGGCAAUGCAUUGUUCGACAAGCGCCAGAAAUUUGUGAAACAGGACUCGGUCAUUUCGUUUGUGGAUCAGCGACCCGAGCUGCGACGUCAUCAGCUAGUGAAACAGGACUCGGUUAUCUCGUUUGCCGAUCAACGACGUGGGCUGCUCAACAAACAGGACUCGAUUAUGGCCAAUCGAGCGAGCGAUGCGCCCACCCACCAUGUUUCCAUACUAAAAAAGACCGACUCCCAAUUGAGUUAUGGCCUUGGUAUGUCAUCCUCAUCGCCCCGAAAGAAUACGGAGCUGUAUGAGUAA